AUGAGCGAGUUUCCACUUCGAAACGACUCAUAUCAGACAGCAAAGAAUGUCGCAGUAACAAUAUAUAAGAGUGGAAAGGAGGUUGAGCUCCUUGAAACACACCCAGAAGAGAAAGGAAUCGUUAUUAAAGUUAAAGUUGACGGCGAAGAACAUAUUAAGGCUUGGGCUUUCUUCAAGGACAUUAAGCCAUCUACAAUGAAGAUUGACAAUGGAUCAAAGAAGAUCGAAAUCGCAUUUGAAAAAGCAGCCGUUGAAAAUUGGCCACAUGCAGAGGCUUCAUCUGAUGCUACAACACCACUCUACCAGAAGUGGUCUAAAGUUGACUUCCCAGAAGAAGAAGAGGUUAAAGAUCAAGGAAUUGAUAAAUUCUUACAAGGAAUCUACGCAAAUGCCAGUGAUGAUGCUAAGAGAGCAAUGUAUAAGAGCUUUAUAGAAUCAGGCGGCACAGUUCUUUCAACAAACUGGGAAGAUGUCGGAAAGAGAAAGGUUGAAGCACAGCCACCAAAAUAA